CCUAACCCAGCCACCAGCCGCCCAGCCAGUCUGCCAGCCAGUUGUGUGUUGGCUUUCGGUUCGUGGCGUCUUGAGUUGCUCGUGGUUCCAAAUCAUGGAGUUAGAUGACCUGAAAGUUGAUUUUAAUGCUGUCCUCACCUCAGGAGGCGGAAGCCUCACUGAUAAGCAGUUUAUGAGUGACUUCCGUAGUUUGAUUGGUAAGAACAUUCCUUACAGACAAUUUGGUCACAACGAUUUGUUGUCCCUUUUAAAGUCUUUGGGCUAUCACACCUCCAAGCGAGGUGCUGAUACCAUAAUAUAUGCACAAGGCGAUGAGAAAACAGCACACAUAGCGUCAUUAAUCGCUCGUCAAAAGAAGAAACCAGGGAAGCCUAAAGUGCGGAAGAGCUACUUCCCCUCUUCGUACUCCAGAAGGCCCAGCAAGCCGCCACCACUGCUGGAUGUUAGGAGACGUUCGUUAGUAGCACCAGUGGCGUACAGAGGAGGCACACCAAGGCAACCACCGCCUCCCAGAUUUGGGAACCCACCUAUUAUUCCACAGAGGCAGCCUCUCUCGACUACAGCGCAGAGUCGGCUGGAUUCGACCAAGAAGGACGUCCCUGAUGUUUCAUCAGUUAACAGGAUUAAUGUUAUAGAAUCCAGAAAAACUAUUCUUAAUGAUGAAUCAGACAACUGUAGCAGGCCUAAUGAAAACUCCAACUCAAAGGGACCACAUUUUGUUGAGGAGGCAGUGGAUGAAGCCAAUUUCGUUGACAUUCAGUGGCUGCAGGCUAAGGUGAAACCCAACAGAACGGUUGUAGCCACACAGAAUACAUCCAUCCCUGACAAUGCAACCCUCUCUGUUGACACAGCCUUUGACAACUCAAGUCCAAGCCCAAGCCCUAAGUCUCCUCAACAUGCCAAAUCACCAUCCAGACCAUCAGGGCCUGAGCAGACUGUUUCAUUUACGUGUCAUGUUGAGGAAUUGUCAAUGUUGGCUGCUCGGUUAGACUUACCUGCACCUUUAUUCACUGAAAUAAAGAGAAAACCAUCCAAGGGUCCGGCCCUUUACUUGUGUAAAGUGAAGCUUGGAGAUGGUAUCACUUUUAAUUCUUUCCCAGAUGAGAAAGGUACACCGGAAGAAGCAAAGGAGCUGGUUGCGAAGCUAGCUUGCGCGGAUUUAAAUCUCCGCUUGAUCAAGUUAAAUGUGCAAGAACCAAUAACUGACAUUAUUAAAGAGAAGAAAAAUGGCAUUUUUGACCAUGCAGUUGUUUCUGCUUAUGAAACUAAAUUUAACAGUGCCAUUGUUGCCUCAUGGCUUGAUAUUAUAACAAGAAGCCCCAAAUUUAUAAUAGAAAAAGUUAACCAAAAUACAAUUAUUUAUCCUCAAGAGUUACCUUCUGUGCCCGUCACCCUGACCCCUGCCUCUGGUCCUACUACAGAACCAAAGUGCAAUGGUGGUGUGAGCAGUGCUAAUCAUACUUUGUGUAAAGACAUCAAUGCCAACACAGUUAUUGUAACCGAGUCAAAGCCCAGAACUCUACCAGACCUUGUGCUCCCGAAUACAAACACUUGGGACGUGUUUGUUACUAGUGUUGGUACUGAUGAUAUAUGGGUUAGACUCAUCGGUGAUGACUAUGAUGCAAAAUAUAAUGAUGUUAUGACUGAUUUGGAGUUGAAAAUGGUGGCUUAUGGUGAAAUAGUUUCAAAUCCUCAAAUCAAUGAUUAUUACUGCAUUAAAUGUGAUAGUUGUUUCAUCAGAGUGCAGUUGAAAGAAAUAAUUUCUGAGGAAGAGUGUGAGGUGUUCUUAGUGGAUAAUGGCGAAACUGACACCAUUUCUCUCUCAGACUUAAGAGUGUUACCUGUUGAGUACACAACACUCCCAGCACAGGCCAUACAGUGUCGAUUGUCAUAUUUGGACAUUUCAUAUGAGGCAGCCCAAACAUAUUUAAUGAAUUAUGUUAUUGGGUCAUCAUUUGUGGCAGAGGUGGUCAAACUGCCAUGUCCCAAUCAAACAAAUUUGGCAAAUAUAAUUCUGCACAAUACCAAUUCCGAAGAUGAAAAGAAAGGGCCUAUAAAUGUAAAUUACUGCAUUCUUGAAGAGAUUGUGAAAAAACUAGAACCACCAUCAGUAACACAGAGGCAUGUUGCGUUUUUGCGUCUGACACAUGUUGAGGCUGGUUGUUCUCCAUACUGCCAAGUUGAGGGCAAAGACCUCGAAUUUCUUGAGACAAUACUGAAAGAAAUCCACGAAAAUAUGGACAUGAUCUAUUUGCAUGGGCUAAAUGCCCACCCCAGGAUGGGCACUAAAUCCCAAACCAAACAGUAUUUGUGUAAGUUUAAAAACACAUGGCGACGAGGAACUAUUUUAAGCACCGACGAUUCACGAAACCCAACAGUUUAUUUUAUUGAUUAUGGACAGAAAGAGAAAGUUAUGUUACGAGAUAUAUUUGACUUGGAGAAGGUUUAUCCUCCCCUAAUAAAUUUUCCUCCUCAGGCCAUACAAGUAAAUUUGCUAAAUCUGCCACCAUCUAAACUGAACGUUGGUGUCAUUCAUCGACUUAAGGAGCUAGCUCCACCAAAUACAUCUGUUAUUAGUAAAUGUGUUAAUGUUGUUGGUGGUGUGCCAGAAGUAGAGCUUUUUAAGAGACUCCAGCCACUAAACAUAAUAGCAUCACUUAACGUGGAUUUAACUUUUAAUUAUGAGGAAUAUAGCCUUAGGACAGAACCUGAGGAGCCCUCAAGCUUUCCUCUAAGAGGAGCUCCUGGGUGCACAAAUCCCCUUGAUAAAUACCCUCUACCAUCGGUGAACUCCGGUUUCUUUGAUGUAUCCGUCUCCAUGUCCUCCGCACCAUCCAACUUUGUGGUUCAACCAUUACAAAAUCGACUCGCAUUUGACAAAAUGGCCGAAGAAAUGCAGGAGUUAUAUGAAGCACAAUAUAGUGUCAUGCCAUCUCCAGCAAUUGAGGAACUAACUGAAAAUGCUACUUUUGCUGCAAAGCAUCCUGAGGAUCUGAUGUGGUACAGGGUGUCUAUUGUGACAGCAACUGAUUCCACAGUCAGCGUCCGUUAUUUAGAUUGGGGUGAUGUUGGGUUAGUCCCUAUUGAGGACUUACGAUACUUGGAACCGAGGUUUAGAACAAUUCCUGCACUUGCCAUUAGGGCUAAGCUUCAUGGUGUGAAGCCAAAGGAAAACACUGAAUGGACUGUUGACCAGUGUUUGUAUUUCAAUGAACUCGUUGACUCCAAGUCAUUUGUUUCAAAAGUAAUGGAUGUUAAUUCUGAAUCUAAUUCCCUUUCAUGGCAAUUGAGUCUUCAUCUCAUUGACACUACUGCGGAAGAUAUGGAUGUGAACAUUAGUGAGCUGUUAGUAAGUGCGGGAUUUGCUGAUGUUGUACAUCAAUAAACAAAUUAUAUUUUUGUUAUAUCAUGUCUGUUGUAUCAUGCAUGAAAUGAUUUGUCCUGUACAUUAAUAUGAAUUAAUAUGUAAGUGUUUGUUCUCGUUGUGUUAGCAAUGAAUCCAAAGGCUGACCUUGUAUCAGUAUUGAAUAAAUUUUUAUGUCAUUUUAAAGCA